CCAACAUUCGCUUAUCCAACGUUCUGGAUUAUCCAACGCAUUUUUGUAGUCAAUGUUUUCAAUAUAUUGUGAUAUUUUGGUGCUAAAUUCGUAAAUACAGUAAUUACUAUGUAGCAUUACUGCAUAUUGAACUACUUUUUCUGUCAAAUUUGUUGUAUAACAUGAUGUUUUGGUGCUUAAUUUGUAAAAUCAUAACCUAAUUUGAUGUUUAAUAGGCUUCUCCUUAAUCUCUCCUUAUUAUCCAACAUAUUCGCUUAUCCAACGUUCUGCUGGCCCGUUUAUGUUGGAUAAAUGAGACUCUACUGUAUAUGCUAUUUGGACAUUAUAUUUUCUUUGUACAUAAACCAUCUUGUGUUUGUGAGUACAUGGAGACAUGGAUGCAGGUGUGACACACCCUCCUACUUUGUUUUGGGAGUGUCCAUUGGAGAUGUGGGAAAGGGGCUACGAGUAAUAAGUACAAACAAACAUAGUUUCCAUGAAUAUUAACAAAUACAUUCCUGCAUUCUCCUUUGUCUAUUUCUACUGUUACAAAGUGUGAUUGUGCUAUCAAGUUGGGGGCAUUUGGGGAGCAGGUGGGAAAGCACAGGUCACUUAACCAAACUAGCUGAUUCUCUUGACUGUGACUCACACAACCUGCAGCUACCCGUAGGAAGUGUUGCAGUUCCCUGGAGUGGCUGAGGCAUAAUCCUUUAACCUGAAUUCCCAAUGGAAAUAAACCAUUGUAACUGGUUAGAACAAUGCAGAAUCAGACUAAAACAGGGUCACUGUGACCUUUAAGAUCUCAAGCCGCCUCUGUUAUUUUUUGAAAUUGCAGGUCAGUGUUCAGUAUUUAAUACCGAUAUUUAAUCGGGAUGGAGAUACAGUUUUACCAUUCAUUGCCAGCAAUUCAUCUAACUAAUCUUUGUCAUUAUUCAACAGCUAAUUGGAAAAACAACUUCCUCAGCAUGAAUUUUUUCCUGGAAACACUCAGAUUCAUUGUCCUCUAUAUAUAUUUCACACUGGAGUCUGUCGUUUUAUUAUUUAUCCCUGUCCGCAAGAAGAAUGUUGUUGGUGAGAUAGUGCUUAUAACUGGAGCUGGCAGUGGAAUCGGGAGGCUUAUGGCUUUAAAAUUUGCUCGCCUUGGAGCCACUUUGGUUCUCUGGGACAUCAACCUGGAAGGAAACAAAGAGACUGCCAGACUGGCAAGAAAAAAUGGAGCUUCUAGAGUACAUGAUUACAUUUGUGACUGCAGCAAAAGGCAAGAGAUCUAUCGAACAGCAGAUCAGGUGAAAAGGGAAGUUGGUGAUGUUAGUAUCCUGAUUAACAAUGCCGGCGUUGUAACAGGGAAGAAAUUCUUGGAUUCUCCAGACUUGCUGAUAGAGAAGACUAUUGAAGUGAACAUAAUGGCACACUUCUGGACUGUGAAAGCUUUUCUUCCAGCAAUGUUAGCCACUAAUCAUGGACACAUCGUGACUAUUGCAAGCUCAGCUGGGUUAAUUGGUGUCACUGGAUUGGCAGAUUACUGUGCAAGUAAAUUUGCAGCAGUCGGCUUCGCUGAAUCUCUAGCUGUAGAAAUGUUGACAAUGGGAAAGACUGGUAUUAAAUCCACAAUUGUCUGCCCAUAUUUUAUCAACACUGGAAUGUUUGAUGGCUGUCAAACAAAGUGGCCACAUGUGUUGCCCAUCCUAGAUGCAGAAUAUGCAGCUGAAAAAAUAGUCUCUGGUGUUCUGAGGGAUCAGGUGUAUGUCUAUAUGCCACGAAGCAUAUACGUUUUCAAUGCACUUAAAAGUAUGCUGUCAGCAAAAUUGUUUUUUCUUGCCGGAGACUAUCUGGGAUCUUUCCAUUUUAUGGAUAAGUUCAGAGGCCGGACAAAGACAACUGAUAACAAAACAUCAGAAAGCAACAAUAAAAACUCAAAGUUCACAUGACUGAGUUGUGUACAGUAAAGCAGAUGUAUAGAAUUUCUAUAUUACUCUAUUGUGAACACGCAGUUUAUGUCUGAAACAUCAACAGUAGAUAUUAGUAUUUGCAAGAAAUAAAAUCCAGUUUAGACCCAAAUUGAUGGCAUAUGAAUAUAAUUAUAUUACAUAUAAUUUUUUUAGAAUUACUGCAAUUUCUUUUAAUUUAUAGAUUGAUGUUUUAUCAGAAUAGUAUCACUUUUGGAUAUAACAUUCAAAUGACAAAUAUUUUGCUAUAUUUCUAGUUUCAUCUUUUAUAAAUAAAAAUGCUAAACAGUGGCAAAAUUGAAUAUA